AAGCCACCCACUCACGUUCAAGUUUUAUGCUGUCAGAAGGAACCAAAAUGGAUGAGCUCGAUUUGCUGUUAGAGGAGCUGGCCCUGAAUCCAGCGGGUUCAGACAGCGUCCCUGAGAAAAAGAGCAAUGAUGCAACAAAAAGAGAAGUGCCAAGUGAAGUUUGUGUUGGAACUACUAAAAAUGGAAAAGUCUCAAACUCCUCAAAUGUGUACAGUGAUGUUCCAACUCCCGUGCCAGCUUUUGUGGAACCUGACUCACCGACUCAGGAGCUGGACUUAAUCUUGCAAGACCUGAUGGGUCUAGCUCAAGGGGAUCUAGAACCUCCAACCGACCCACCAUCACUUACACAAAAAAAGCAAACAGAAGGUGGAAAGCAGGAGAGCAGCAGCAGCAGCAGCAGCAGCAACACUCCAGCGGCUUCAGAUGGAAAAGCCUCAACGCAAAGAAAGAAAACAGAUAUGAUAGAUGACCUGCUGGGAGGGUUGAGCACUGACUUGGAGAAGAUUGGUGUACGGACCACAGCCAAGGGCCACUGUGCUUCCUGCAACAAAUGCAUUGUAGGAAAGAUGAUCACAGCACUGGGUGAAGUGUGGCACCCUGAACACUUUGUGUGUGCGGUGUGUAAGAUGGAGCUGAGCACCACAGGCUUCUUUGAGAGAGACGGACAGCCGUACUGUGACAAAGACUACCAUCAGCUCUUCUCACCACGCUGUGCCUAUUGCAAGGGGCCUAUUAUGCAGAACAUUGUGACAGCUCUGGACCAGACCUGGCACCCAGAGCACUUCUUCUGCGCACACUGCGGAGGCUUGUUUGGAACGGAAGGUUUCCUAGAGAAGGAUGGGAAGCCAUAUUGUUGUAAGGACUUCUACUACCUCUUUGCUCCAAAGUGCUCAGGCUGUGGGGAGUCGGUGCGGGAGAAUUACCUGACUGCAGCCAAUGGCACCUGGCAUCCAGAGUGCUUCGUCUGCGCAGACUGCCUGAAGCCUUUCACUGAUGGAAGUUUCAUGGAGCUCAAUGGUCGUCCCCUCUGCUCGCUUCACUUUCACUCCAGGCAAGGCACUCUGUGCGGUGGCUGCGGAAAGCCCAUCAUCGGCCGCUGCAUCUCUGCUAUGGAUCGCAAGUUUCACCCCGAGCACUUUGUGUGUGCCUUUUGUCUGCGGCAGCUCAGCCAGGGCAUCUUCAAGGAGCAGAAAGGGAAACCAUACUGCUCAGCUUGCUUUGACAAACUCUUUGUCUGAGAUUUGCACAUGAGUAAGAUGUAAAUAAUACAAAACAACAACAAAAACAACAAAACAUUCAAAUGCUACAUUACUAUCUUUGUUGAGUUUAGACUGUCUCGUCUGUGUAUGAAUGACAAAAUAAAAUGAAGCAAUUGUACGGUCCCUACAUUACAAUUCAUUGUUCUAUUUGUAUAUACAAAUUCUCAGUAGAUCAUAUUUAAAAACCAUUACGGUGAAUUACAUGAUAAAUAGCAUGUAACCGUAAGAAAAACAUACAUUGAUCAUGGAUUAUAUGAAGGGAACAUGCUAACAUUGUUACCUAAUU